AUAGCUGCUGGUGCAAUCCUUUUUUCACAACUAUAUCAGAAUCUAAGCAUCAAGAGGAACUAGUACCAGCAAGAAAAGCAAACAUGGGCGGAGGAGAAUCAACGCCAGCACAGACACCCCCACCACCCCCACCAGAGAAGGAAUUUGACCAACAAUGGAGGAAAACAUGUUGGAGUAAAAGAGAGAGAGACCAAAUGGUGGAUGACCUGAGGAGCUUUAAAGUGAGUGAUCCUGACGUGGGUCAGCUCAGAUGCCUGCUACAUGGACCAGUCGGUGCUGGAAAGUCCAGUUUCAUCAACUCAGUCAACAAUGUCUUCCAAAAUCGGACAACAGGUGGUGCCCUGGUAGCUGCUACCUCUGGCACAAGCUUCACCACGACAUAUGACACACACUACAUUCAAGGCCGUUCAGGAGAAAAACGUCUUCCCUUUGCCUUCAAUGAUGUCAUGGGUCUGGAAACACAAAAAAAUGGGAUGCACCCUGAUGACAUCAUCAAUGCUCUGAAGGGCCAUCUACCAGAGGGCUAUGAGUUCAACCCUUUCCACCCAUUAUCGGACAAAAAAAAAGAAUUCAUUCAAAAUCCCAGCUUUAGUGACAAAGCUCACUGCCUGGUGAGUAUUGUGACAGCCGACAAAAUCUCUCUCAUGUCAAAGGAUGUCAUAGACAAGAUGAAGAACAUCAGGGCAGAAGCCAGUAGACUGAAAAUCCCUCAAGUUGUUGUCAUGACCAUGCCAGACAAGGCUUGUGAACUGGUGAACAGAGAUGUGAAGAGAAUCUACUACAGCAAGGCGAUCAAAGAGAAGAUGGAGAUCUGCAGUAAUGAGCUAGGCGUUCCCAUGAACUGCAUCCUGCCGGUGAAGAACUACCACGAGGAGGGGAUGCUGGAUGACGACAUGGAUAUCCUGAUACUCAACGCCAUGACUCAGAUUAUGAACUUUGCCAACGACUACCUCUGGAACCUCCAACAACAUGCAAUUCAUUAAGAGAUUAGUGAGCACUGCAGUUUAAGAUUGGAAUCAAGUUCCUAAUUUCUAUAUUGUUGACAUUGUAGUCGUAUUAUUUCACUUCCAUGUAGAGGCCUAAAUAUGUUAUCUGAGGCUCUGGGAGAACUAUGCAUCUCUGACUGAGUAUGCAUCUCUGCGUGACAAAAACAUCUUUAAAAUAAACUGAGCAUUGCUGUGCAUAUAUGCUACUUUUUAACAUUAACACCCAACAGUGUACAAUUGUGUUAGAUAAACUAGCAUCCUUCACCUGAAUUCUUUAGAUGACAAACUGAUUUUAAACCAUAAUUUGUUUUACUGAUAUUGCUGUCACAUUCAUUUGAUGUGACAUUAUUGUUGUAUCUUUUUUUUAGCUUUUCUGCUUAAGUUGACUUAAUUUCUUCUUAAU